ACAAGCAGGAUGGUUUCCUGUCAUGAUUAUGGAUGUAAUUGGUUAUUUCAGAUUUAAAUCACUUGCCUGGACAAUUCUCAUCUCCUCACUGUCUGUGAUCAAUGGUGCAACACCUUUGGAGCUCCCUCCAGCAGUGGAUCUUUGCUCACCGAAUCCUUGCCAAAACCAAGCGUUGUGUCAAAGCCGCGAGGGUGGCUACGCGUGCUUCUGCGUGCCGGGCUUCCAGGGUGCUCACUGUCAGAUUGAUGUCAAUGAAUGUGUCUCCCAGCCCUGCAUGAAUGGCGGCACCUGUGAUGACAGAGUGGGCCGCUACGCGUGUCUUUGUGCUGCUGGAUUCACUGGGGCCACUUGUGAGGUCGCGAUUGAUGAGUGUCAAUCACAGCCGUGUCUCAAUGGCGGCAGUUGCCAGGGCAACGCCGGCGGCUUCAGUUGCACCUGCCCGCCCGGUUUCCAAGGACACUGGUGUGAAAGCAACAUUGAUGAUUGCCAAAAUGGAGCUGCAUGUAUCGAUGGCAUGAAUGGAUAUAGCUGUGACUACUCUCAAACCACAUUUACUAGCAGAUACUGCGAGGGCCUGACGCAAACAUGCCACUCUCAACCAUGCUUCAACAGCGCCACCUGUAUGGAGAAUCAGGGUCAUUACACUUGUCAAUGCUUGCCAGGGUUUGAAGGUCCGCUAUGUGAAAUAGACAUCAAUGAGUGUAGCAGCAACCCGUGUUUGAAUGGCGGACGCUGCAUCGAGAGGUCAUGGCAAGGCCUUUUUGGCAUUGAGCCACUGCUACCUGAGCGCUAUGAUCCACAGCACGCUGCAGGCUACAUCUGCAGCUGUCCUCCAGGAACAAAAGGUUCCCUCUGCCAGGAGCUAAUAGACCACUGUGAUCCGAGCCUCUGCGAGAAUGGGGGGAGGUGCGAGAACCAUGAUGAGGGGUACAUGUGUCACUGCAGCAAACAGCGUAGCUACGGCUACCUCUAUGGAGGUCCAAACUGUGACGUGAGGCUGGUGGGCUGUGACGCCCACGAGUGCCAGAAUCAAGCCUCCUGCAAUCCGUUCCUGCUGGAUGGAACUCACGGCUACACCUGCUCCUGCUCAGCUGGAUUCACCGGCCCCCUCUGCAAGACCCCCACCACCUUCUCAUUUGAACGUAGUGGCUACCUUUUGCUCCAGAGCCCAUUUGUGGAUGCAGAGAUCUCUUGUAAUAUCACCCUCAGCUUUAAGACGGCUCUGCCUAAGGCUAUUUUAUUUCAGCGGAGCAUCAGGGGCCUGCUGCUGUGUCUGCAGCUGCAAGAGGGGCAGCUUCACCUCACACUUAGGAGGGAAUCCUCCGCCGGGCUCCAUGAACAGAGUCGACUCGGGGCUUUGGAGCUAUCGCACAUAGUCACAGACGGAGAGUGGCACACUGUGGAGGCAGUUCUCACAAAUUGGGUGCUCAGUCUGAGACUCAUAGAUGAUGUAGAAAAAUGUCAGAAGCAGCCAUGCUACAAGGUGGCCGCGGUCCAGAGUAACAUACACGGCCCGGUGUCGCCUCCUCAGAACACCUUCAUUGGAGGAGUGCUAAAGGACUUCAGCCAAGACUCAACAAUUUCAGCUUUCAUUGGGUGCAUGCGGGAUGUGUUGGUGGACUGGCAGCUGGUUGUCCCGGCGGAGUGGCUCAGCGACUCUGCCGUCAACGUGUCCCCCGGCUGCAGCCACCGGGACCGCUGCUUGGAUGUGCCUUGCCAGAACAACGGACGGUGUGUCAACUUGUGGCAAAGCUACCAGUGCCAGUGUCCAAGGCCUUACGAGGGGCAAGACUGUGAGGAAGAACACGUGAUCGCACGCUUUGGGAGCGAGGACUUUCUCAGCUACGCUGCCUUCAACAUCACAGAUGACCUGGGUCAGGACCUCUCAAUCUCUCUCUUCCUGCGCACACGGAAGCCCGGCGGCCUCCUGCUGGCUGUGAGCGACAGCGGCACGCAGUACCUGCACGUGUGGCUGGAGGAGGGCCUGGUCGCGGCUCAGCUCGCUGACGUCGACACCCUGAGGGGGGAGAGCGCGGUCAAUGACGGGGAAGUUCACUUUGUGAAGGUGGAGGUGUCAAAGGGGUAUAUGACGCUGCACGUGGGGCCUCACAAACAAGCUGAGGUGGAGGUCAGGACUGAUGGAGUUCAAGCAGGAGACCUAGUCUACGUCGGAGGGCUGCCGGAGAGCGAUACGGCUGCAGGUUUUGGCGGACAUUUUAAAGGAUGCAUCCAAGACCUGCGGAUAAAUGAUAGGAGGCUCCAGUUUUUUGGCUUGGACACCUCAGUUCGGACAUUCCCUUUGCAACAUAUGGAUAACGUGACUGCUGGCUGCUCUGGAGACAACACCUGCAGUAGAAACCCUUGCCUAAACGGGGGAAUGUGUUACUCCCUGUGGGACGACUUCACCUGCACCUGCCCACCCAGCACAGCAGGGCGGCGCUGUGAAGAGGUCAGAUGGUGCGAAUUGUCUCCGUGCCCCACAGACGCUGAGUGCAAGAUGCUCAACCAAGGAUAUGAAUGUCACUCCAAUGCUACUUUCCUGAAUGAGAGCACCGUGCUGGUCUAUCGAGGCAACGGCCACAUAUUGCGCAACCUCACCAACCUCUCUGUGAACCUACGCACCAGGAAACGCAGCGCGGCCAUCCUACACGCGGAGAAGGACUCGGCCUUUUUCACCCUCUCCGUCCAGGACGGCUUCCUCUUCAUGGAGCUUCAAAGCUUCACCAGAGAUGCGGAAGGCGCCGAGCGAGGCCGGGACCGGCGAGGUCUGUCCACAGUUAGCCUCAACAGCAUGCGAUCUGUCAGUGAUGGCGAGUGGCACAGUGUCCACUUGUUCAUGACUGCACCGUGGGCGAAUAUCUCUGAGUGGACUCUGGUGCUAGAUGAUGAAGUAGAUGAAGCCAUCAACUCCAGCGGUCCUGGGGGAAACUUGGACUUCCUCAGGCAGGGAGUGGACAUCUUCCUGGGAGGUUUGGCUCCCGACAUUGGGUGGUCAUUGGCAGGGUGCCUGGGCACAGUGGAGCUGGGCGGUGUCGCCCUGCCCUACUUCAGCUCUUCUCAGGUGAACCUUCCACGUUUGCAGGAGGAGCAAUUCCUCCGGACGUCACUCGAGCCUCCGCGGGUCGGUUGCAGCGGGGCAUCUGUGUGCACGCCUGACCCGUGUCUGAAUGGAGGGGAGUGCCAAGACUUCUUCAACUACUACAACUGCAGCUGCGCUGAGGGCUGGGCGGGGAGGCACUGCGGCUUCUUCACCGACACCUGUGCCUCCAGUCCCUGUAUCCACGGCAACUGCAGCGUCAAGGGCCCGACCUACGAGUGCUCCUGCGAACUCGGAUACGCGGGAGUGGACUGUGAGGAGGAGGUCGACAUCUGUGAAAACCAUUUGUGUGCACAUGGAGGCACCUGCCUGCAUGGGCCUGAUAGGUAUGCCUGUCUGUGUCCUGAGAACUACACUGGACCUCUUUGCAAUGAACGGGUUGAAGAAAUUCCUUGGUACAUUGUUGUCAGAAAUGUGCGGCCCAAGCUUCCUGUGUCCGUGUGCGGAGAUGACAUGAAAAACUACACUUGCUUCAAUGGCGGCAACUGCACCGAGCGUGAGCUGUCGUGCGACUGCCCGCCUGGCUUCACCGGACACCGGUGCGAGCAGGAGGUCGACGAGUGCAAGUCCAACCCGUGUCUGAACGGAGGUUACUGCCGCAACCUGGUCAACAAGUUCCUGUGCGUGUGCGACAUGAGCUAUGCCGGCGACAUUUGCCAGACGGACUUGACUUCUGAAGGCAUGACCUCUGACCUCCUCCUGCCCAUCAGUCUGGCGUCCGUGGUCCUGCUGCUGGUUCUCAUCCUGACUUCGGCCGGACUGGCGGUGGCGCUAAACCGGCGAGCCACCCGCGGCACCUACAGCCCCAGCCGGCAGGAGAAGGACGGGUCCCGGGUGGAGAUGUGGAGCAUCACCCAACCUCCGCCUAUGGAGAGGCUCAUCUGAACCGCGGCCUGCGAACGAGGCCUUCACAUUUGGAUGUCGGGUUUUCUCUGACUUCUCUGGUGACCCCGUUCAUCCGCCCGCUGCACCUGAGCAAGACGGGCAUCCUUCAUUCGGCACAGCUCGGCGCUCACUAUGUAUGCA